UGUUUCUUGGUGUUUUCUCGUGGGUCUUCGUGGGAGUGGCGAGGGAUCGAUGGCGGCAGCUCGGAUCUUGCCCAGAUCGGCUAGGAAUCGCUUCAAUCCACGCCAGCCGCGAUGGAUGAGCGCUCUCUCCGGCAAGGAAUCCGAUGUCGCGAUCGUUGGCGGGGGGAUUGUAGGGCUAGCUACAGCGCGAGAGAUCGUCUCGCGAUUUCCCUGGGCGAGCGUCACAGUGGUGGAGAAGGAGAAGGAUCUGGUCCCUCACCAGACGUCGCACAACAGUGGAGUGAUUCAUGCCGGGAUUUACUACGAGCCCGGCAGCGCGAUGGCGAAGCUGUGCGUGGAUGGAGCUCGCCGUAUGUACGAGUACUGCGAAUCGAACAAGCUGCCGUAUGAGAGGGUGGGCAAGCUGAUCGUUGCCACUGCCGAGGAGGAGCUCCCCAUUCUAAAGAAUUUGUACGAGCGAGCUACUGCCAAUAAGGUACAAGGCAUAGAGUUGCUUGAUGGACACCAGGUACAAGAGCUGGAACCCAACGUUCGCUGCCUCCAAGCUCUUCAUUCGCCCAACACUGGCAUUGUGGACUAUGCUGCUGUAGGACGAUCGUAUGCUCGAGACUUUCUUCACAGUGGGAGGGGUGAAAUUCACACCAAUUUUGAAGUGAAGAAGAUCGAUGCCGAUGAGAACCGAGGUGUGGAACUUACAAGUCAGAGGAAUGAGACUGUGAAGGCAAAGUGGCUCAUCACUUGUGCCGGGCUCCAUUCUGACUACGUAGCACGCUUGGCCGGUGGUGCGAAGGGACCGACUGUUCUUCCAUUUCGUGGGAAUUAUCAUGAGCUAAAGCCCGAGUACCGGAAGCUCGUCAAGCGCAAUAUCUAUCCGGUACCCGAUCCAAAGUUCCCCAUGGUUGGCGUGCAUUUGACACCUCGUGUUGAUGGACGGGUGCUCAUAGGCCCAAACUCGGCUCUAGCACUUUCGAAAGAAGGCUAUGCAUUUUGGAACUUGAACAUCAAGGACGCGCUCACGUUUGCUGCUACCAAGGGCCUGUGGAAGCUUGUUCUUGGCAAUCCCAAGAUCGUUUUCCAAGAGAUCUGGCGAGACAUCAACAUUAAAGCAUUCGUCGGGGAGGCACAGAGAUACUGCCCGAGUCUGAAAGUAGAACACACGACCAAAGGCUGGGCAGGAGUCCACGCCGUCGCCAUCGACGACACAGGGAAAAUCAUCGGCGACUUUCUGUUCGAGAGCGGCAAAGCUGGUCGAGUUCUCAACGUAAGGAACGCUCCAUCGCCGGCUUGCACCUCAUCACUGGCAAUCGCGACGACCGUCGUGGAUCGGGCUGCUAGAGAAUUCGACUGGAAGAACGAGGCGGACAUUCUGGAACGAGAGCCACGAUCCGCGAGCUCGGCUGGAGGAUAGUAACUCCCUCGGCGCUUUGUGCAAUAAGAACCAGCCAGCCGCGUUUCACGACAAAAGCCUAGAGACAAAUCGACCGAGAGGGAAGAACAUGGAAGAAACGGAAAACACCACCGCGCAACAUGAAGUAGAAAGCUCCUCCAGCUGAAAGCGAGAGUGGACCCGCGAGAAGGACGUGGCCUGUCAUACGUGACGUCGGAGCCAAUUUAAAAGCGACACUUUCACAACUA